CCUGCUGUGGCCUGAUGAAGCAUCCUGCAAGUGUCUGGCCAUAUACAGUGUGCUUUAAAUGCUCUAGGCCAGAUUUUGUAGUGCCUGCUCAAGUCAAAAUUUCUCUUUGCUUGGAGAUUGAUCCUGGAAGAUACCAAGUGCUGUAGGGACUGAAACAAAAUGGAAGUGAGCGGAGUACUCAGUACGGUAAUUUCAAACGCAGAAAUGGGUGGAGGGGUGUUGUUGCUUGAGAAGAACUUAGCCCUGUUGAAUCAGGCUGCCCACUAACAGCAAGCUAUGAGAAGAACAGUCUUCCACUGUUUGUAGUCCAUGUGUCACCCUUGGGAAGAGGUACAUGCUAACUAUAUAUCUUGUGAAUUUGGUGCUUAUGGAAGAUUGAUAUUGCUGGCUGGAGUGUCAUAUAGCUUUGGAGUGACCCUUUUGCAGAUUCAGCAUCAUUGCUAUCUAUUUUUAUAUAUGGCCUAAUUGCUGUGCUGAAGGCUGCAAAGUGCAGUAGUCAAAUGUUCAGUUACCUGCUUCCAUUUGCUCUUCUUUUACUAAUUAACUGGCAAAGGGAAGCUCAGUACAGUGCAGAAAUAAUGGAAAUGCUAGAUGAAAAUUAGAAUGAAUCGAUCAAGCAAUGUGUUGGAAGCUGCUCUGAGCCACUAGCGAUGCAGAGUCUCAAUUAGAAAGCGUUGUGCAGACCAUGUCAAAAAGAACUUGGUCAAAUCUGGGCAGUAUCCAAGGGCUCUUGCAGGUUUUUUUUUCCUCAUGGGUCUCACAAGUAUGCUUUGUAGUUCCUAGAGGAACUAGAUUUUUUUUGAUGUGGUCUAUGUGAUGGUUUAUAAUUGAGGCUCUGCAUCUCCAGUGGCUCAGAACUGCUUCCAAUGCUGCUCAAUUGAUUAGUUUUAAUUUUCAUCUAAUAUUCCCAUUAUUUCUGUGUUGUACUGAGCUUUCCCUUUUUAAAGAGACAAUUCUUAGAUAAGUCUUAAGCCUUAAGAUAGAGGUUUUUUGACACUUAAAUUCCUGUCAAUUUUAGCUGCUCCUGUUUCUACCCUUCAAGGACUAUUUAGAGGAGGCCUAGGCACAAAGGAUUUAAAAUAAUGUCUCCACAGCACCCAGGAUUUCCCCAAACUACUUAAGCACUUGUGUCUUGACAAGAAUAUCUCAACUUUAGAGAAACUGAAUUGGCCAGUAAGGAAGUUGAUUUUUUUGCUGGUCAAACAAUGCACUGAAAUGUAAGUGUAUUUCAUGAGAAAUUGAACUCCCCAGAAUAGAAAAUAUUCUUACAAUGGAAAGUACAAGUUAAUUCUUUUGCACAAUAUUCUGUGUUAACCAAUGUUCACUAUUAGUCCUAACACCAAGAAUCUUUUAACUCAUUAAAUUAUCCCCCAAUCUCUGAAAACAGAUAUUUUAAAACAAAACUGUCAGCAAGCUAAUUGAGUCAGAAGCGCAGUUGAUAUAGAAAUGUGCAUAUCUGUCUCAUUAGUAAUGAAUUCUUCAUCACUGCAUUUUGUGCCAGCUAAUCAGUGCUAGACAGCAUUCACCAUUUUUUUAACAUGUAACUUGGCUUUCCUUCUGUUGGUAUUGUGGAUUAGGGGUGUAAUGAUCUUUUAGAAAGCAUGUGUUUGUAGAGAAGUUGCAUUAUCAGCUAGUGGUAUUUUUAUUUACUUAAUUGUAAACGUGUUUCUGGACUGCAAAGGUUAGCUGCUGCAGGUGGGAUUUUGUUCUCUUCUGAUGCCUUAUCAAUGGUAUUCCUUCCUAACUAACUGCUGCCUGAUCCUUAGGAAGUCCUAAUUGCCUUAAACGAAAAGGUAUUUACUAGAAUGCAAAUGGAAACUUAAAUUGCCUUUUAGUAUUGGGAUGGGCAUUUUGGUUGUGAUAUUACAUAGUUUUGUCCCUCUAAUGCCUUCCAUUUGAGAAUUGUGAAAUAUUUUAUGCUGUGAAUUCCCCCUUGUGACACAGCUGAGGUAUGAAAACAUUAGGCGCAAUAAGCAACUGUGGUAUGGUGAGGUAAAAUUACUUGCCAAAGGCUUAUACCACCUGCUACAUGGAACAGAUUUUUUUUUUGCUAUUUUUUUUUCUGACAGACUUGCUCAGAAGGAACUUUCUAGGAAAGAAGAUAUGUCCAACAUACUUCUGGGGCUGAUUCUGUCCUGAAGCUAUUAGAAAUGAAAUGGCAUGAGCAGAUGCUAAAUGUUAGCAAUGAGUAAAACUCUAGUAUUUCCUCAGCACACCAAUCGUGAAAUAUUUCCUUCUGCAGAGGCUGUUUGUAGACUGCAUAACUAAUGAAUUGCCAGAGUUUUCAGUUGGGUACCACUUUUACUCCCUGAGCUGAUAGUUGGGAGAGAUUCAUUUUGGAUCGGAAGGUGCAAAACCUGUUUAAUACAGCUUUAGAUUAAAUCCUGUAUUUUAAAGAGUUUUUCUCUGCUUCCAGAUUGAUUGCUUAGUAGAAGCUAUCCAGCAAAUGUACGUUGUGACUCUUCAGCUGAUAUUUAUUCAGUACUAGGAGAGCUGGCUCAGGCCAGUCCAAAGGCACAUUGCUUGCCUACAGGAAAUCAAAGACAAAUAAGAACCUCGGCAAGGAUAGAUGAGAGGAAAAACACUGACAUCUCUUCCUCUGUAAAAUAAGCUGAUUCAGUCUGUCAGUAUGAAAAACAGCCUCUGGGGCGAGAAUAUACAUGCAGCUGUCUUUUCAGUCAGAUAAAUUUAAUUUGAAAAAAGAUUGAAUUGGUUGUUUAAAUAAAUUCAAUCUUAAAUCCCUGCUGAGGCGGUGCUGGAUUCUUACUGAAAUGCUAAACACCUGUUAAUCCUAUCAAAUAUAACCUGUGUCUGUGAUACCAAAACUACAAGUUGCUUGAUUCUGUCUAGGGCUUGUAGAUGUUCUCUGGGUUCUAAAUUGUUAGUUUUCUUUCUAAUGGAUAUUUUUAAACAGAUGAGACCCACAGCACUCACUUUGUCUAUGAAAUUGCUGACAACAUUGUCCUCCCCCUUCCGGUUUUGUGGCAAAUGUCAAUGGAGACUCCUCCCAGAAUUCUGCAGGCCUACAUGUCUGUGAACCAGCACCAGAGAUUAAACUAAACAAAAGGGAUUAAAAUUGUAGUGAGCCUCUUUAGCUGUAUCUAUGAUGUGUACAUGCACUGGAUGUUUUUCCCUUAAUUUUUAAUGAUCGUGAAAGAUACUGAUCAGCUACACCAAGCCUGAAGUCCUCUAAGAGCCUAAGCACACAGCACACACAAUAACACAGGUCAUGCCUUGGUGUAGGAACAGUGUUCCUGAUUUUUUCUCUGAAGAGGCAAUUAUUAAGGACAUUUCAGACUUCAAAUCAUGGCCCUUUUGCUGGGGCUGUUAAUAAGGGACUGGUGGUUGUGGCAGUUUUGUCAACGGGUUCUUUCUCCCUUUGGAAAUGGAUUGAAACUAUCAGCUCACUUCACAUGGACCAUUAAACAGAUAUUGGAGAAUAACUGCUUUGGUCACACCAAUCUGCACUCGGAUUUGAACCAAUACCUGGGGCUGAAAGUCUCCAUGUCUUAUUACCAGUUCCCAGGGCCAUACAGUUCCUAGCACACAUUAUUUUCUAUGCAGUCUCUAAAAUAAACGCUUUUCAUUGUUGCUGCCUUUUCAGACAUGCAUUCUCCCUCUCCCGCCCCACACACCCUCCUUUUACAUUAGAAUUGUAUGAAUUUUGUUGCUGUGGUUUUCCCUAUUAAAAUCCCAUAUAAAGAACUCUAUAUAAAGAAAUUGCAGAUAUGUCAUUUGGUAUUUUUGAUAGCGAAUUCAUGCAAUGAAGUGGAUCUGAUUGCUUUCCCCUGCUAGGUUGAGGAAGAAUGCUGAAUCUGUGUAUAUGGCAGAAUAGAUACUGUCAGUAUCCAUGGAGCCAUGGUAGUCCACACAUGCUGCAUAUCACUUUAUCUGGGAUGUAGUUUUGGAAUCUCUUUAGAGGGUAUUAGUUCAUGCACACUGUGAUGCAUUUCAAAAUUUAUUUUAUUUUUUAUUUUUAAGUCUCCAUCAACUCUAGUCAAGUUUUAAUUUAAACUACAUACUCAGUCUAAACCUCCACCCGGCACACUGCUGAGUGAUAUACCAAAGAUCAGUGUGCUUAGUGGUAGUUGUAUCUUGUGGUGCGUAUGAGAACGUUAAAGCCUGCAUUCAGAAUAGGACUUAACUUCUAAGUAGGUGCUUACAUAGUGUCCUGUGUAUAGAUAGACACAUAUACUCUUAACUGCUUUUCUGAAUUCGGGCAUAAAAUGCCCGUUAGUGUAUAUAUACAGUCAAAUAACUCAGAUGUUAUUGUUAGGAUCAAUCCUAUUGUAAACUGCAUUAAAGUAACGGCUGGCUUGGCUUCAGCAGGACAGCUGCUCUGUUCGCACUGGUGGAUUCGCCUUGGGUCUCAAGCACUGGUAAGAAAGGUUGUUCAAAGGUUGGUUUUUCAGAGAAAGAAGUUGACGAGGGGACACAAUGGCAACUGCUUUAAUUUUCUUUGCAGAGUUCCCUUGAUACAGAAGCUCCUCUCUUCUCUUGGCAGCAUCACUAUGUCUUCUGAAAAAUGUGACUCUAGAUUUGGAAAGAUACUAGGAAAUCUUAGUCUCACAAGUAGGUGGAGUAUAUGUCUCUUGUACACAGUCAACUGCAUUGAUGACGCAGACCUUUAUUUUAUAUUAGCCUUCACCCAUAGUUUGGGCUGUGAUCAUGUCAAAUCUCAAAGGUUCUGAAAAGUCAGGUUUUCAGCGAUGGGAUGCAAGGGUCCUGAUAAAUGUAGUGAUUCUCCAUUUGAGUCUACUCACUCACAGCCCCAGCUAGGUGUUAGAAAGUUAUGGUAGUAUCUCUCAGGUGACUCCUUUUGCAUGGGUGUGUUACACUGUCAAGAGGAAAAGUAAUAAAACUCACCAGCCUCCACAGCCACAAAUCCAAAACAGCCAAAGGAAGAGCUCAUUAGCGCUGCUUUGAGACUAAGGGAACUACUACUAUAAGACUGGUCAAGGGUACACAAUCAAUGGCAAAACUGGGAAACAAACCCAAGACCUACCUGGCUGUCAGUCUUGUAACCUGUCUUCUAGAUCACAGCGCCCUCUCUUAGUAGGUCUGCUAAGUCUGAUCUUCCUCCAUCUUCAGUUUUAGUAAUCCAUUUUGUCCAUCAAAAUUCCCCUGUAGUAUUACCUAUAGUUGGUACAACUUGCUUUCUACCUUAAUAUAGAAUACUUCAAAACUAUGGUGUGUCAAACUCAUUGCAAGGUGAGGGCUGAAUUUCAGUGUUCAUUCUGGGCCUGCUAACACAAUGGGAGAGAUGCACAAAAGUCCUGGAGAAAUUCAGGCUUUUAUAUAUCAAAUAUACCUGUAGUUAUUUACCAUCUAUUCAAUACCUUUAUGUAGAACAUUGCUUAGUGGGCAAAUGCAUUAAAUAAGUGGUGGGGGGUACAAUUCCUUUAUGUCUGGUUUGUAAGGUUCUCUUGUAGCCUUUCAGAUAAAAGAAUAUGAAUACUGGGAUAGUAAAAUGGCUGAGUUGGCUAUGUAUGUGUAUAAUAUAUACAAUAUUUUGCUCUGCAGCAGAACCUUGUUAACUAUGCUAUUGGCUAGGAAACCUACAGUGAAUUAUGGAAUUUUGCAAAUGAGCAUGUAACUAAAUAAACACAAUUAAACAAAGGAUAGUGCAUCACUUUGAUUUACUGAGCAGCCAUGGUCUUCAUUUUAUUCACAGUGCAUCCUAGUUACGCUAGUAAAUGACCUCCAGCAUAUUUUGUAAGUCAGCCAAGUCCUAGCAAAAUGGCUAGCUAUGGUGACUUUGCAAUUACUGGUAAAUCUUUUGUGAGCGGUAAGGAGCUACUGGUAUGUUAUCAUAUGUGCUGAUUGUUGGGGGUAUACUGGUAAUUAACGAGGUUUGAUUGUAGCUGUUUUUACAGUUAGCAUGCUUUUCACACACCAGUCCCUGUUACAGGACUAUUUUCAGAGUUAAACACUUAAAAGGUAGCAAGCUGGUGAAAUUGCUUAUUCAAUAUUACUUCAUCUUUUGUCCCACAGCUAUACUGAAUUGUGUAGGUACUUUGUCUAAGUCUGAUAAAUUUGCAAAGAAACCUCCUAGGAAAAUGGCAGACUUUUAAACAAGAAUGAAAUUUCUUAUCAGAAGAAGGGAUUGCAGAUUAAUCACCCAGCAUGCAUGCAAUAACAUUUCCUCUGACUACUUCCACUUCUUUGGCACAGUUUAUUUGGGGCAGCUACUAUAGUGGCUGCCUCCACCUUCGCUCCCACAGCCAAAAAUAUUUCCAAUGUGAUAUUUUAAAAGGUAAUCCAAGGAGGAUAGGUUUAAUAGGAUUGACUUAAAGCUCAGAUACAUGAAUUUAGAAAAUUCCCCCAAAACAUUCACUUUUUGGACUACAAAGUUAAUGACCCAGAAAGGUGCAAACUGGAUGCAGGCAUCAGAUCUGAUAUUACCCUGACAUUUGUAGCACUGUGAAAUGCAGAUGCUGGUUCUAAAUGACCAACUACAGAAUGAGCAGCUACCUCAUGUGGUAUCAUUUUCUUAAAACCAAAGGAAGAAAGCCUUAUAAUAUACUGACAGGCUAAGUCAGUGGUUUUCAAUUUUGUUUUCAUUUGUGGACCCCCUAAAAACAUUUGAAUGGAUGUGCAGACUCCUUGCAAAUUUCAAAUGGAGGUGUGGACCCCUUUGAACUGUAAGUGUGGGUAUUCACAUAUUUUUGGUCAUAGUCAUCUUUUGUAGAUACUUUAGACAUAGUCUGUGGACCCCCAGAUGUCCAUGGGCCAGAGGCUAAAAACCACUGGGCUAGAUCAAAGUGUCUUUAUAUUACACGGGUUAAUAAAAUAUUCAUCCAGUGCUGGAAAUUAAUAUUUGAUGAAGACCAUGGCCUGAGCUCAGAAAUAGAAUGAAGACUGCCAUUCCCUCUACGGCACAUAUAUUACAUACAAAGAGUAGUUGUGAGCUUAAACUUUAGCUUCUAUAUAUGCAACUGAGUCACCACCCUGACCCUUCUUCAGCUUGCCAAUGAAGCCCCCAGCCUUCAGAUGGUGCAGGAGCACAGUAAAGCAGCUGCUUCAAAAAUUGUUGCAAACAUCUUGCUAUACGGAGUCCAGUAUGGGCAGAAGGACAAAGGCUGGAGCUUGCAUGGAUGUUGACUCUCAUAUGACCUCUCCACAGUGUUCGGACUCCUCCUCCUUCAAAAAAAGUCAAUCAGUUAUGGUGCUGGACUUCUCUAUAUAGUCUAAAAUGAAGAGUAACUAAGGAGCAAUUAUUUCACUGAUAUCUAUCUGUCCAUCAAUGUUGAUAUAGAUAUAUAUCAGUGAAGUAAUUGCUCCAUAUGUAUUUUUAAAUUUUUUUUUGAUGACCGCUUUUGAAUCAGCUAGAAGAAAGGUUAGUGGGGUGGUCCUUUUUGUUGUACUGGAGAAGUAAAUUUGUACGUCUAAAAUGAGACAGUUUCCAAUUCUAGAGUUCCUGGAAAGCAGAUGGCCAUUUUGUACCCAUAUACUUGUUAGACUUUUAGAUGGUGGCAAUUCUGCUUGUCAUUUUGAGAUGCUAAAAUGGGAUGCUGGGAAGAGGCUGCUUUCCAAAUCAGGUCUGCUUCUGGCAACGUAGUGGUAGGAAGGAUGAACAAAACCUGUCACAUGAGGGCUGUGCCUUUGAAAUGACAAAGAGUAGGAGAACACUACAGCACAGAUGUGGAGCAAUACCACCUGCUUGGCACAACUCUCCUGACUGCCAAUACAGAGACUAUUGAAGGGGCCGUAGGAGGAAAGCUCUCUGCUAGUUGGCAAACCAGACUCCUGAUCAGAAAUAUACAGCAUCAGGUUUCCAUGUGAAAUGUAAAAUGGCAAGAUAAUCAAAAUGGAGGCUACUUAUUUUCAUGUGUCAGGGGAAAAUGCCUGGAUUUUUAGGGGUUGAGCCACUGUGCCUUAUUACUUUCACCUGAUUAAGGAGACAGUAUUUAAUUUACACUCUGGGAUCAUGGCUUUUGGAUCUGGAAUUGGCUCACCUCCUUGGAGUUCAUUAGCACACAAGUCUCUUUACUAAUCCUAUUAAUUUACUCAGACAUUUUAGGAAGAAGGAGAGGGCUCCGGGUUUGCUCGGCACUGUGGCUAGGUAAGCGUUUCAUUAUCUUUUGCAGGAUGUGGUUCAAGUGAUGGCUGUAUUGUAUACAUGUAAUCUUAUUUUUAUGGGGCAGGCAUUUGGGGGCUACCAUAGCUGUACUUCUCUCACUGAAAAAUAAUAUUUCUGACAAACUAUCAGGCUCUGCAACAUUAUACUGUCUUUUCCAUAGGUAAGGCUGCCAUCUUGUGGAGUAUAUUUGAACAACGGUCUCGUUCCAACUGCACUGUUCAUAUUUUGAUACUCGGUGCCAUUACAAGAGGAAGGACUCAAAAUGGCAUUUGAACACCCCCCUCCCCCUUUUAUAGAGUCAUAGACUUCAUCCAAAAUCCAAUCCAAUAUAUGGAAAAGCACCCCUUAUAACAUCACCUGGCUCUAGAGCAGUCUGCGAGGGAAAUAUAUUCUCCAAAAUUGUACAUUCUCAUGCUGCAUUAAAAUAAAAGCUGUUUCCCAAGUGUUAACUUGUAACACUGCUAGUUCUUUCAGACAGGUAAAUAAAGGCUUUGAAACACUGUGAAAUAAUCCCAAGUGGGAUUUUUAAUGGUGCUUACGUGACUAAGCAGAUGUCAUUAGGACUUUUUCACUCUUAAAUGCAUUUGAAAGUCCCACGUUACGUAAAAGUUUAUGAAACAGAUGAGUUGCACUGAAACCCUUGUUGGCAUAGUGAGAAAUUUUUCAAAUAUAAGGAAUUAUGAUGUAAUAGGCGUCCUUUCAGGAACAGGAUAUGUAACGUUUUGACAGUGGCAAGGCUGAGAAUAUAACUUAAAAGCACUAAUCAAUUCAGGGAUCCACAUUGACACUGGUUAAACUGGUAUUUCUACUGGCAGCUCCACCUGCCAGCUCUAGCACUAAUAACUGAAGCAGGCUAGGGCCCAUUUUGAAUUCUACUGUUAUUGUGACUUUUAACAAUUUAUAAAAGCAAAGAAAAAAGAGCCAAAAUAGCAUUUACUAUUCUUGCAAGUCAAAACAGGUAUACAAUAUAAAUGACCACGCCUCCAGAUGAUGGUGACAGUGUGAACCAAACUGCAUGUGGUGGUGAACUUUGAAUCCAGUCUUAACACACACAAGAAUCUUACUAUUUUUCUGGGACCAGUGAAUUUUUUGCCAGGUAAGUUAAGUCGUGACUAGCUUUUCCAUCAUCAUCAUCAGCAAGACAAAGCUUGGGUGAAUGGAUUAAUGGCCUUGUUCUGGUAAGUUUUCAUAGCAGUUUGCAGCACUCCUGGCGCUGUCAUUGCAAUUUAGCAGCGACCUGACUUUCCUGUCUCUUAACGAGUUGCUCCCCUACGACCCAGAAACCGUUCACGUUCUUGCAAACCCCCGGCCAUGCGGAGCCUGGAGUGGCGGCUCCUAUAUGCAGCUCACAAAUGGCUUCCCCUGUCCCCGUGCCUCCCACCUGCUGUAGGACAAUGAACUCAGAGCGGAGACCUCUGAAGAGCUGCUGGAAAUGACGGCGGAAACAUCCUCCAGCACCCGAUGCCCCUUCUCCAUCUCCCCUUUCCUGCCCAUUGCCACCCUCCAUGCCCCUUCUCGUGUCCAUUCACUCAGUGGCAGACCUCCCAUCCCACUCGUGGUGAGCUCUCUCCUGCCCCCAAAUCCCAAUGGGCUGCGCUAAAGGUGGAGGGGGGGGGGGCACUUCCUUCCACUAGACCCUCCACGAGGCUCUCCCAGUGGUUUCUCCUGUGAUGCCCCUUCUGGUGGCUUUCCCCCCCCACAGGACACACACACACACCCUGUGUGUGAGGAGAACCGGUGUCACCUCUCCUCCCCCACGAUUCAUCCAGCCUAGCCAGCCUGCCUUGAAGAUGAAGCCUGGCUCUGGCUCUGGCCAGGAGCGGAUACGGAUGGUUUACAUAAACAGCUUUGGUGCCCACCGUUGCGGCUCUGUGAUCCAAUACAGGGGUGGCCGCAGAUGCCACGAGGAGACCACUGCCACUCCCAGUCUCCUAGGCAGACACAUGUCCCCCAGUGCUGGUGUGCGCAAGAGGCAGGAGGCCCCCACCAGCGCCCUGAGGUUGAGGGACAAGGCCCUGGCUGCCAGCAGGCAUGGGCGAGGGUGCAAGGGUAGCCCCGAGCUAUCCCUUGGCCCCCCGUCUAGGGCAGGACCUGAGGGAGCUGGCUUGUGUGCUGUUGCCCAGAGACCGAGGAGUCAAGCGGGGGGAGCCGCUAAGUGCAGGGAGAAUGGGACUGAGCUGCUAUCGAGCAGCAGGAAAACGCUUGGUAGCUCUGCUCCUACAGGCCUCUUCAGCCAGGGACAUGGGACGUGUUAUCCUGGAAAAAGAGGACAUGCAGAAAGUGAUCUUCAAGAGAAGCAGAUGGAUCCCUUUGGUUUCCCUUUCCCUUCACAAAAAGUUGGCAAAGCAAUAAAAAGGAAAAAGGACAAGACUGAAGUCUGCCAUGGAGUAUUAAAAAUAAUUUCAAAAAUGCUUGAAGAAAAUGAACAGUUUAGAACUAGACUCAUGACUUGCAGCGAGUUUAGUGGUGAAGGCAGAGAUGUGAACCAAAACAUCCAGAACGAGGAUCCUGCUUGGAUGUGGACGAGCCCAUCUUUGGAUGGAUGUAGCAUGAAAAUAAAUGAAGAUUCAAUUUCAACUGUUGUUUUAAAUUAGUGUUCAUUGUUUGUCUCAUCCAACACCUGUUGGCGUCAGUGUAAAGACUGCAAAUGCCUUCACUGGGCAUUGGAUCAGGGUCCAUAUUUGUUUGAAGUAUAUCUUGGAAGCAUUUUAGUUUCAGCAGUUUAUUUUAAUAUGGGUUAAAUUAAACUGUUCGGUUAAAGAAAUCUUUGUUUUUCAAAAAUCUCUAUUAAGCAUAAUUUAUCACUUAGUCAUUGUUAAUUUUUGAAAGCUUUUGAAUUGACACAACAUUGUGACAGUUUACCAGCAAAAGAAUAGAAAUACAAAUUUUAUGCUAAAACUAUAUAUUUAUGUUGUUAUACUCUGUAGCUUGUCAGAACUGUAAACAAACAUGAAUUCAGUAAAAUAAAAUUUCACACAGGAUGUGUACAUUGAAAAUGAA